ACUUAGACUUCAAGAAACGCACCUUCUUUCAGAUUUCUUUACAAAGAACAAGUGUAUAUAACCGUCGCUAUGUUGUCUCGUCCUGCUCUUCGCACUGCUGCCCGUGCCGCCGUUGCAGCCUCUAGAACCUUGCGUGUUUCUCGCCCAACUGUCCGUUUUGCUUCUGCUAAGGCCACCCCAACCGAAGUCUCCUCCAUCUUGGAAGAACGUAUCAGAGGUGUUUCUGAUGAAGCUAACUUGAACGAAACCGGUCGUGUUCUUUCCGUCGGUGAUGGUAUCGCCCGUGUUUUUGGUUUAAACAACAUUCAAGCCGAAGAAUUGGUUGAAUUUUCUUCUGGUGUCAAGGGUAUGGCCUUGAACUUGGAAGCCGGUCAAGUCGGUAUUGUCUUGUUGGGUUCCGACAGAUUGGUUAAGGAAGGUGAAACCGUCAAGAGAACCGGUAAGAUUGUCGAAGUCCCAACUGGUCCUGAAUUAUUAGGUAGAGUUGUUGAUGGUUUGGGUAACCCAAUCGAUGGUAAGGGACCAUUGAACGCUUCUGCUUCUUCCAGAGCUGAAGUCAAGGCCCCAGGUAUUUUGCCAAGAACCUCCGUUUUCGAACCAAUGCAAACUGGUUUGAAGUCUGUUGAUGCUUUGGUCCCAAUUGGUAGAGGUCAAAGAGAAUUGAUUAUCGGUGAUCGUCAAACUGGUAAGACCGCUGUCGCUUUAGACACUAUCUUGAACCAAAAGAGAUGGAACAACGGUGCUGAUGAAAAGAAGAAGUUGUACUGUGUUUACGUUGCUGUUGGUCAAAAGAGAUCCACUGUUGCUCAAUUGGUCCAAACUUUGGAACAACACGAUGCUCUUAAGUACUCCAUCAUUGUUGCCGCUACUGCUUCUGAAGCCGCUCCAUUGCAAUACUUGGCUCCUUUCACCGCCUGUGCCAUUGGUGAAUGGUUCAGAGACAACGGUAAGCACGCUUUGAUCAUCUACGAUGAUUUGUCUAAGCAAGCUGUUGCCUACCGUCAAUUGUCUUUGUUAUUGAGAAGACCACCUGGACGUGAAGCUUACCCUGGUGAUGUUUUCUACUUGCAUUCCAGAUUAUUGGAAAGAGCUGCUAAGAUGUCCGACAAGCACGGUGGUGGUUCUUUGACUGCUUUGCCAGUUAUUGAAACCCAAGGUGGUGAUGUUUCCGCUUAUAUUCCAACUAACGUUAUUUCCAUUACUGAUGGUCAAAUUUUCUUGGAAGCUGAAUUGUUCUACAAGGGUAUCAGACCAGCUAUUAACGUCGGUUUGUCCGUCUCCCGUGUCGGUUCCGCUGCCCAAGUUAAGGCUAUGAAGCAAGUUGCUGGUUCCUUGAAGUUGUUCUUGGCCCAAUACAGAGAAGUUGCUGCCUUUGCCCAAUUCGGUUCUGAUUUGGAUGCUUCUACCAAGCAAACCUUGAAGAGAGGUGAAAGAUUGACCCAAUUAUUAAAGCAAAAGCAAUACGCUCCAUUGGCCGCUGAAGAACAAGUUCCAUUGAUUUACGCUGGUGUUUCCGGUUACUUGGAUGAAGUUGCUUUGGAAAGACUUACUGAAUUCGAAGAAUCUUUCGCUUCCCACUUAAAAUCUAACGAACCAGAAAUCUUGAACGCUAUCAAGGAAAAGGGUGAAUUAUCUAAGGAAUUAUUGGAAAAGUUGAAGGCUACCACCGAAUCUUUUGUUGCUUCUUUCUAAGAAGGUAAUACUAUGAUUUAAGAAAGCUAGACUAUUUUAAUGUUAUUAGAUGACUAUCUCAAGUUAAAGCAUUUAAUUUUCUUUUAAAUAGAUUAUAUAAAUCGAUCUUUUAAGGGGAAUUUCUAAAAGAAUGUUAUUGAAUAAAAUUAUAUAUUGAUAA